AUGCCCCAAUCACAGCUUGAUGUCAAAGCGCUUCGGGCAAAGUUCCCGGCUCUUCAGCAGGAUCAAAUCUUUCUCGACAAUGCUGGUGGAAGUCAGAUUCUGGGCGCUGCAGCUGACUCGAUACGAGAUUACCUCAUCACUUCGAAUGUGCAGAUGGGCGCCUCAUAUGGCGUAGGCAAGCUCUCAGCAACAAAAGUGAACAAGGGCUACGAAGCGGCUGCACGAUACAUCAAUGCACUUCCCGAUGAAAUCGUGUACGGCGCUUCUUCAACGCAACUCCUGCGCAACCUCGCACUGGGCCUUACCUUUGCUCAAGGCGACGAGAUCAUCGUAUCAAACCUCGACCACGAAGCAAAUAUCGCGCCGUGGCUGGACCUAGCUGAGCGACAAGGACUUGCCGUCAAAUGGUGGACGCCCGAAGGUCAAGGCAACAAUCCCAAGCUGACUGUUGAGAGUCUAAAGCCGCUCUUAUCCGACAGGACGAGAUUCCUUGCCUUGACCCAUUGCACCAACCUACUUGGAUCAAUCCACGAUAUCAAGGCCAUCUCUGCUACUGCUCACGAAUACCCGGAUGUUUUAGUCUGUGUGGAUGGGGUAGCUUACGCACCUCACCGGCCCAUCGACGUCAAAGAUCUGGGCGUUGACUUCUACUGUCUCUCAUGGUACAAAGUCUUUGGCCCUCACAUCGCAAUGCUCUACGGCAGUCGUGAGGCUCAAAAACAGAUCCGUCCAUUGGGCCACUACUUCAACCCCGCAGAAAGUCUGUCUGACAAGGCUGGCUUCUCUGCUGGAAGCUAUGAACUGAUAGCGAGUAUAUCCGUCGUGGUAGACCAUCUUCUUGCCGAGGGCUGGGAUAAGAGUAUCCAACAAGAAACAGAAAUCCAAAAAUUACUUCUCGACUAUCUAUCGAAACGAGAUGAUGCAAAGAUUUACGGAGAGCCGAGUUCCGACCCCAGCAAGCGUUUACCUAUUGUCAGCUUCACCAUUGACGGAUGGAACUCUCGAAGUGUCGUAGCAGCUAUCGAAGCCAACUCGAAUCUCGGCCUGAAACAUGGCCACUUUUACUCUCAUCGUUUGGUAAAGGAGGUUCUUGAUCUUGACACAACCGAUGGCGUCGUUCGAGUGAGCAUGGCACAUUAUAAUACUCACGAGGAGAUUCAGACCGUUAUAGAUACCUUACAGAAUAUCAUCGUUAAGCGAUAG